AUGUCAGGCACGGACGAAAGACCUAAGAACCGCUCCAUUCAAGCGGUUCUGGCAGCGUAUGGCCUUGCGCUUGCCCCGCACGGCUACUAUGUGGUCAAGACGAUGGCGCACGAUCCUGGCGUGACAAGUAACAUCCUUCCACGAGACAACCUAAGCGCCUUGAAAGGCAAAAUCCCCGCCGGAGUAUGGGACAAACUGGCUCGGGCGCGCGGCGCCCAUAUGAACGCUAUGGAGGGAUUCCCCUUCUUUGCUGCUGCAACACUGGUGGGAAAUGUCACCAAGAUGCCAGUCAGCGACCUGAAUACCCUUGCGCUGAACUAUCUCGGAGCGCGCGUGCUGUACACUGCGCUCUAUAUGGGGGUCCGCUCAGAAAGGAUGGCCUAUUUGCGCACCGCAGCUUGGGCCUGGAGUAUCUCUGUCCCAGUCUAUAUCUUCUACAGAGCUGGGAAUACCGCUUUGACCAUGAGGGACGACUAA